AUGUUCCGAGUAAUCAUCCGUCACAACUCCUCGGCGGCUCGCCAAGCUCUCAUCGAAAAAAUUAUCCGAGUUGAUCACGCCGGAGAACUCGGAGCCGAUCGGAUUUACGCAGGACAGCUAGCCGUGCUCAAGGGCUCCUCGGUCGGAUCGGUGAUCAAAAAAAUGUGGGACGAGGAGAAGGAGCACCUUGAUACGAUGGAGAGACUCGCGGCGCAGCACAACGUCCCGCACACCGUCUUCUCGCCCGUUUUCAGUGUCGCCGCCUACGCACUCGGUAAGAAUUACAGUUUCGAAAAGGGAAACGAAAAUAUUUCAGGCGUCGGGUCGGCACUUCUCGGCAAGGAAGGCGCGAUGGCUUGCACGAUUGCGGUGGAAGAGCUCAUCGGACAGCACUACAACGAUCAGCUGAAAGGUAUCCGAUGCGCAAGUUCCUUAAAUCAUUCGAAAUGCUCAGAACUUCUUGCCGACGACCCGGAGAGACACAAAGAACUGCUGAAAAUACUGACUCGACUGCGCGAUGAGGAGCUGCAUCACCAUGAUACGGGAGUGGAACACGACGGAUUAAAGGCACGUCAUCGCAAUUAUCCCAUUCUCCUCUGAAAUGUGUUUUGCAGGCUCCCGCCUAUUCGGCUCUCAAAUGGAUCAUUCAGACUGGAUGCAAGGGAGCGAUCGCCAUUGCCGAAAAGAUUUGA